UUGGUCUGCUGGCCCUGCGGCUGCUCCGCCCACACACCCGUUCCUCAGUCCCUCGAGGCAGAACUGCUGCUGCCAGAGCAGACGAUCCAAGACGUGGCUCCCAGGCUGAGGAACCAUGUUGGACUUCGCGAUCUUCGCCGUGACCUUCUUGCUGGCACUGGUGGGAGCAGUGCUCUACCUCUACCCGGCUUCUAGGCAAGCUGCAGGAAUUCCAGGCAUUGCUCCAACUGAAGAAAAAGAUGGCAAUCUUCCAGAUAUUGUGAACAGUGGAAGUUUGCACGAGUUCCUGGUUAAUCUGCACGAGAGAUACGGGCCUGUGGUCUCUUUCUGGUUUGGCAGGCGCCUUGUGGUUAGCCUGGGUACAGUGGAGGUACUGAAGCAGCAUAUCAACCCCAACAGGACUUUGGACCCUUUUGAAACCAUGCUGAAGUCAUUGCUGAGGUAUCAGUCUGGUGGUGAGAGUGUGAGUCAGCACCACCUUGGAAAGAAGCUGUGUGGCCGUGCUGUGAUGGAGGCUCUGCAGAGUAACUUUGCUCUCCUGCUAAAGCUUUCAGAAGAAUUAUUAGACAAGUGGCUCACCUACCCAGAGACCCAGCAUGUACCCCUCAGCCAGCAUAUGCUUGGUUUUGCUAUGAAGUGUGUCACACAGGUGGUAAUGGGCAGUACCUUUGAAGAUGACCAGGAAGUCAUUCGAUUCCAGAAGAAUCAUGGCACAGUUUGGUCUGAGAUUGGAAAAGGCUUUCUAGAUGGGACACUUGAUAAAAGUACAACUCGGAAGAAACAGUACGAAGAUGCACUUGUGCAAUUGGAAUCUAUUUUAGAGAAAAUCAUAAAAGAACGAAAAGGAAGGAGCUUCAGUCAACAUAUUUUCAUUGACUCCUUAAUACAAGGAAACCUUCAUGACCAACAGAUCCUAGAAGACAGUAUGAUAUUUUCUCUGGCUGGUUGCAUAAUAACUGCAAAAUUAUGUACCUGGGCAAUUUGUUUUUUAACCACCUCCGAAGAAGUUCAAAAAAAACUACAUGAAGAGAUAGACCAGGUUAUGGGGAAGAGUCCUAUUAUGCCAGAGAAAAUUGAACAGCUAAGAUACUGUCAGCAAGUGCUUUGUGAAACCGUUCGAACUGCCAAAUUGACCCCAGUUUCUGCCCAGCUUCAAGAUAUUGAAGGAAAGAUUAAUCAAUUCAUUAUUCCUAGAGAGACCCUUGUCCUUUAUGCCCUUGGUGUGGUACUUCAGGAUCCGAAUACUUGGCCAUCACCAUAUAAAUUUGAUCCAGAUCGCUUUGAUGAUGAUUCAGUAAAGAAAACUUUCUCCUCGCUUGGAUUUUUAGGUGCCCAGGAAUAUCCAGAGUUGAGGUUUGCAUAUAUGGUGGCCACAGUCCUUCUGAGUGUAUUGGUGAAGAGACUGCACCUCCUUCCUGUGGAGGGACAGGUUGUUGAAACAAAGUAUGAACUGGUCACAUCAACAAGGGAGGAAGCAUGGAUCACUGUCUCACAGAGACAUUAAAAUUGUAUACAUUUAAAAAUUUGUUAAAUAAACUGAAGAAAACGACCAUUUAGAAAGUACAUGGUAGGGUCAGGUGUUUAGCUCAGUGGCGCCAUGUGUGCCUCUAAAGCGUAAGGUCCUGAGUUUGAUCUCCAGUACCAAAAAAAAAAUGUAAAUUCUUUCAUAAACCAAGUAUCAUUUUGUAAUAUAAAUGCCUAUUGUUACUUUAUUAUGUAAGUUUAACUUUUAUAUCUUAGAUUGUCUUAAUGCAUGGAAUAUACUUAUUGUACCAAUAUAUUGAUAAUUUCAAUAGUGACCUUAAUUCUGUACUUUUAAUUUUUAUCAUUUUAUAAUUUUAAUCUUUUUCUUAGUUUGAUCUCUAAAAUGAAUAUUCUUGAAGAGAGAAAUUAUCUUGUGCAAGUUGGAAGUCGUUUUUUGAAUAU